ACAACCGCCAUCCAUUACCGUUGUCACAUUCAAAACCUCGCUCACACGCAUCACACCGUGAAGUGUGUGAAACGCCUCAUUCGUGUUUUUCUUCCCGUUGAUGUUCUCGCACAGUUUGGAUUCUCGCAGCCCGAAGAAACGUAAGGCAAAGUGAAAAGAAGUUCUCUCUUGCAAGUUACAAUCGGCGGAGCUUGACACGUCCGAAAAACCGCAACAAUGAAUAAUCUUUCUCCUUACGAUGAUGUCGACCUUGAUGAACAAGAAAAUGAGGAGAACCGAUUAGUGCUUUCCCAGCGAGCACAUGCUCAAAAUAUCAACAAUCAUCAAAUGCAAAGGUACGAAGAGCAUCCAGCUUUACAGGCCGCCCGAAUCCAAUCAAAGUUGCAACAAAAGCUGGGACCAGAGUAUGUUUCUCUCCGAGCUGGUCCGAUGGGAGGCAAAGUGGCUUAUUUGGAGGCAAACAAAGCUAUAGAAUUGGCUCAUGAAAUCUUUGGACAUGACUCUUGGUCAUCUGAAAUCGUAUCAUUUCAAGAAAUGUCUCGCGAAAGGAAUGAAAGUGGAAGAUGGACAGUUUGUAUCAUGUGUACAGGAAAAAUUACAAUUCGCAGUGGUGCAUUCCAUCAAGAUUGUGGAUUCGGUAAUGCAGAAAAUAUGAAGAGUCUCCCAGCUGCAAUGGAAAAAGCUUACAAAGAAGCAUCAACAGACGCAUUGAAACGAUGCUUGCGAUUGUUCGGCAAUGCUACAGGCAAUUGUCUGUACGACAAAAAGCAUGUGAGCAAUGUAGCCAAGAUGAAAGCUCCAGAUCCGCCAUUCAAUCCAGCAACACUCAAACGUGCCGAGGGUCUGGGAAACCCUAGCGGUUCAUCAACUAAGCCAAACACAUCCUCAUCAACAGUACCUCAUGUCGGCAACGGCCGCUCCAAUAACGGAGCAACACCGCCUCAGUCAACUGUAAUUUCGCCGCCCAAUGCAGUACCCCAAAAAGCGAAUGGUAUUGUAAAGCCUCCGACAGACGUCCAUGGAACAUCUUCAGUCUUACAGAACAAGACGGAUGGCGGUGAGGCUGCAAGACAAGAGAGACUACGGCAAGCGGCUUUGAAACGAGAAGAAUUACGCCGUAAGAAAAUUAAUAAUGGAGAUGGUCAACCAACACCGACGGCGGCGGCGAGUGAAUCAUUGCCGACGAUCAACUCUAACGCCGCCCUGCCGUACACCGUUCAACAUCCAGAAGGAGACGAAUACUCUGAUGAAUUUGGCGAUCUCACUUCCAGUCAAAUGAACCUCCUCUCAAAGCAUGAUUCGUCUAAUCACACACUCCCUUCGAACGAGUCAAGUUUGGUACAUGGCCAUUACGAUCAUGCGAACGUCAAAGUAAGUCCUUCUCGUUUGUACAAUGUGGACCAACAGCAACAGCCUGCUUAUCAACGUGGUGGAGUUGUGGGAAAUAAUGAUGAUUACUUGCACCAAGCCGAUUCAUACGGAUUGCCCGUCAAACGUCCGAGAAACUAUUAAUGCAACAUCUAACAUUACAUGUAAUAUACCUGUACAGUAGAAAAGACAUGUGCUAAUCCUGCCAUUUGUAUACCUAUCAAUUACCAAUAAUCAACAAAUUCGAC